AGUGACCCAAAAGCGCGGCUCAACUUUGCUCUAAAAUGCGCUUCGGAUUCCGGUCAAACGUGCCGCUUUUGCCCGACAAAAGUGUGCCUUUUCGGGGCUUUUCUUUCGCCGGGGCUCGGAGCUCGCCUCGUCGGCUGGCUGGGUGUCAACAUCCAGUGACGGCCAUGUUUGCCGGCGCCGCCGUAAACAACAAAAAAAGUGGGAGACAGACGCCUCGCUGAAUGUCGGGUCAUUUGGAUUUCUUUCAUUUACAAUGUCUCUGGGAAUGUCUUACAAGCCCAAUGCCCACCAGCACACUCCGGGAACUUCAGGGAACCAGGUUGGCAGCCUCCAGUCAGCAGCCAACCUGGGCCCGUUGCAGUCAUACAGGCCUCUGCUGAGCGACUAUGGACCACCUUCUCUGGGAUUCUCACAGGGCUUGACUGGCAGCCAAGUGCCUCAAAACAAAUAUGCCGAGCUGCUGGCCAUUAUUGAGGAGCUGGGCAAGGAGAUCCGACCCACGUACGCUGGCAGUAAGAGCGCCAUGGAGAGGCUCAAAAGAGGCAUCAUCCACGCCCGCGGCCUGGUGCGCGAGUGCUUGGCUGAGACGGAGAGGAACGCCAGGUCCUAGCGACAAUCACACAUUCCGUGCAAGGAGACUUCACAAUGCGUGUCUUGAAACAAAUGAAAAUGAAAAAAAAAACAAACAAUCAUCCAAAAUUGAACUUGCAUGUGAUUUCCCAAGAGGAGGGAGACAUCCUGUCUCCAUCUUGUACUAAUGAGUCAAACUCUCAGCUUGUUUCCCCGUACCCACUUUUGGGGAACUUAAGUUUCCUGUUUUUUUUUUUCCGAUAUAAUUUUUGCAUGCAAAAAGGAUAAAAGUGUAGACACCACAUGUCUUGUACAGAGGUUAGACUUCUUUUUGAUAUGAGUGAGUGCGUGUCAAUUCAUUCGUGUUCAGGUUGCUUUUGUUAUCAAAAUGAAAAUGCUGUUACUUGCAUCUUUGUAUGUAUUUAUUACACCGUGUAAUAAAUUGUAUUUUCAA